AUGGCGCUUCGAACGCUUCUGAUAACAGUUGCGAACCUCCUGAUCCCGGUCGCGAUACUGGUCUUCGCGACGGGCUUCUUUCCGUACAAACCGUACAUGCCUGGACUGGCGCAGUAUGAAGAGCUCGGAUGGUCUGAAAAGCUAGGAGUGAGCUGGCAGAAGCCACCGGAAGCACCGUUUGAUAAGCUUGUCUUCAUGGUUGUUGAUGCAUUGAGGAGCGAUUUCGUCUAUGGAGAGGAAAGUGGCAUGAGUUUUGUGCAGAGCCUCAUACGAGAUGGAACCGCACUUCCAUUCACCGCGCACGCUACCUCCCCCACGAUUACUAUGCCUCGCGUCAAAGCAAUUACCACGGGCUCCAUACCUUCCUUCGUAGACGUGAUUCUAAACUUUGCCGAAUCGGAUACUACCUCCACACUUGCGACACAGGACACAUGGCUUGCGCAAAUCAAGGCAAAGGACUAUGAUAAUGGAAAGGGUAAAUUGGUCAUGUAUGGUGAUGAUACAUGGCUGAAGCUCUUUCCAAAUGUCUUCGAGCGCGCAGACGGAACGACCAGUUUCUUUGUCUCGGAUUUCACAGAGGUUGACAAUAAUGUGACAAGGCAUGUCCCCAAUGAGAUGCUGAACAGUGACUGGAAUGCCAUGAUCAUGCAUUACUUGGGCUUGGAUCACAUUGGGCACAAGGCCGGUCCUAAGAGCCCAAACAUGAUUCCUAAGCAAAUCGAGAUGGAUGGUAUUGUUCGCGACAUUUACAGUGCUAUGGAAAAUGAGGAUCAUCUUUCCAAUACCCUCCUCGUUCUUUGCGGUGAUCAUGGCAUGAAUGAUGGGGGAAAUCACGGUGGCUCGUCGCCAGGCGAGACAUCCCCAGCACUAGUCUUUAUGAGUCCAAAACUCACCAAAAUCACCAAUUCCUCCCAAAGAAAAAGCCCUGUAAAGCCAAAGAAUGAAGGAGAAUUCGAGUAUUAUCGCAUGGUUGAACAGAGCGAUAUCGCCCCGACCCUCGCUGGCCUACUUGGAUUUCCUGUUCCGCAGAACAACCUCGGUGUCUUUCUCGAUGAAUUCUUGGCAUUCUGGGACAAGGCUUCGGAUCGCGCCCAGAUCUUGUACCGUAAUGCGAAGCAGAUGAAGAAGAUUGUCGAAGCCAAGUACACUAACUUACGGUUCGACGAGAGUGUAGUAUCAACUAAGGAUAUGGGAUUCGAAUGCUCCGAGUCCAGUGGUUUGCGCCUGACAGAUGGUCAGACUCUAGCAUGUCUUUGGCAGGGAGUCGUCACUGCAAUGGGAGACGAGGGCGAUGUACACAGCCACCUCUACAAGUUCAUGCACCUUGCCCAAGAAACAAUGUCCAGCACCGCCUCGAACUACGACCUUACUCGGCUCUUCACCGGCACAGGUCUGGCUUUCCUCAUAUGUGCCUUGAGUUUCUUUACGCUUCCUUCUUUCCGGCCAGUAACUCCAGCUGGUGUCUACUACAGCCUAGCUCUUGCACUCUACUCUGUCCUAAUGUUUGCGUCAUCAUACGUCGAAGAAGAACAUAACUUCUGGUAUUGGGCUACAUCCGGUUGGCUCUUAUGUCUAUUCUUUUGCAAUAUGCGAAAGGAAUGGUACAACAAUUGGAUCUUUCAUCCAGCGAUCAUGGUGCUAGCCACACAUAGGGUCAUCCGGCGAUGGAACCAAACCGGACAAAAGUAUGCUGGUGCGGAUGAUAUUGUCAACAGUGGAGUUUUUCAUGGCAGCUAUUCCGUCAUCCUGUGGAUACUGAUUGGUGCCACGUACAUGGAUAUUACCAUCCGACUGGCUAGACACGUUGCACGGUCUAUUGCAACAUUCGAUACUGAGAGUAAACCUCGAAAUGUCGAACUUGAAUCCACGGACCAGAACCGUAUGUUUGGUACCAUUGCCGUGCUACCACUUUGUGGCACAGCCUUCAUCUUCAAGUUGGCGUUCACGUUGAAAGAUGCCCCGGAGCUGACAAGCGGUGUCAGCACGGCUUUGAUGUCAAGAGUCGAUGGCUUGGACCUUGUCGGUCUCGUGCGGAUGAUAUUUGGUGGCCUACUACUGAGUGGGAGUUGGAUCGUAGUCGCAGAAUGGACUCGAUCUGUUCGGCGAACGAAACGCGGGGCCCAAGGCAACGGUGAACUAGCCGUUGCUUUCUUCGAUCUAACAACGCUUUUCAUCCUCACACAGACAAAGGCUCAAAACAUACCCCUUUACUUCCUCUUCAGACUCCAAUACUUCUUUCUCACCCUCCUCGACCUCACUCCAACAGCCGUAACCCUAACAACCCUCCUCCUGACCCAAACAUCAUUCUUCGCCCUCGGAAACAGCAACGCAAUCUCCUCCAUCGACCUUUCAAACUCGUACAACGGCAUCUCAGGCUACAACGUAGUCGCCGUCGGCACCCUCGUCUUCGUCUCAAACUGGGCCGGCCCCAUGUACUGGUCCCUAGCUGGUAUAUUACUUCUCGGCGACCACGGCCGCACACAACGCUUCGUCGAUACCAGGGAACUCCACGUCGCAGACUGGGUAGCCAAGGAGCGCGAGUGGCUGAAUGAAAUGGCGAGGAAAGAGGAAAAGGGGAGAGAGAUACGGAAGACGCGGAAGGAGUGGGUGGGACAUGUGUCAUUAUUGACGUUUUGGACUGGGGCCAUGUUGGCAGCGGUUAUGGCGUCUUUGCCCGCCAUCACAUCGCAACAUCGCUAUCCAACAUUACCACACGCUGGCUUCAAAUACCUCGGAAUGAGUGACGAGAACAACAACAACGAAAACCCCGAAGAUUGGGAAGAUAUCUCUGGCGAAUCAAUUGAUGCGCAAUCUCAUGGGUAUGAGAUAAUAAGGGCCAGGUUUAGGACCAUGAAUUCCAAACUUGAUGCCGACUUUGGCGUUUUUCUGCUUGAGAGGAAGAGAUUAACUGAUAUGUGUAUUCAUAGGGGCACUGAUAGCCGGGACGAGCUUUCAUAUCCGGCAAGAAGUCCAGAGGAAGAAGACAUCGAAGGCGGCAAACCUCCCCAGCCAGCUCCCGAAACUCCACCCCACGUCUCCACCUUCCCAAAUCAGUUCCCCCACGACGCAGACCACGACCGCACCAAGUCGCCUAUGACAUCGCUGCCCAACUACUCUGAGCCCGAUUCGCCAACGCAGAAGCGCGGGAAGGGCAUCGUUCGCAAUAUAAUGUCCGACACGUGGACCGAAGGCGCCUACAUAAAGCCAAAUUCCACGACCGAACAGAUCAUCGAUGUGGAGAAGAUGCAGGACCGCUAG